AUGGCAUCUUCAUCAUCAUUCCCAACACUUUCAUUACCAAACGGUAAAAUUCCACAAAUUGCAUAUGGAACUGGUACGGCAUGGUAUCGUGGUAGCAAUGAUACGCCUUUUGAUCAAAAACUCGUUGAUAGUAUACUUGAAGCAAUGAAUUUGGGCUAUACCCAUCUCGAUUGCGCUGAGAUGUAUGGAACUGAAAAAGAUGUCGGCGUUGCAAUUAAACAAUAUCUGAACGAAACUGGUAAAGAUCGUUCUUCGAUAUUUGUUACAACAAAAGUUUAUAGGACCUUAAACGACAUUGAACGUGCGUUACACGAUUCAUUGGAACGUUUACAGUUGGACUAUGUUGAUUUAUAUUUGAUUCAUGCACCAUUCAGUAUGAAAAAUGGACAGGCUGGCAUAACAUUAAAAGAAGCAUGGAAUAAAAUGGAAAAAUUUGUUGAUGAGAAGAAAGUCAGAAAUAUUGGUGUAUCAAAUUUUCGUGUUGAUGAUUUAAAAGAAUUAUUUGCUUUAACACCGAAAAUAAAACCGUGUGUUAAUCAAAUUGAAUAUCAUCCGUAUGUGAAUGCAGCCAGUAAAGAACUGUUGGCUUAUUGCAGACAAAACAAUAUUUUAAUUGAGAGUUACUCACCACUCGCUUCCAUUGUUCAUAAGAAAGAUGGACCAAUUGAUGCGAUAGUUGAGGCAUUGGCUGUUAAAUAUGGUAAAAGUCAUAUACACAUAUUGUUAAAAUGGAAUAUGCAAAAAGGCCAUGUAAUAGUAACAACGUCUAGUAAAGGUGAUCGUCUUAAAUCUUAUCUACAAGCUGGUGAUGCUGAUUGGAAGCUAACCGAUGACGAAAUCAAACAAAUUGAUGAUGCUGGUGCGAAAUUACAUUACAGAAAAUUUUGGACAAAAGAAUUUGAUGGUUGA